AUGGUGGAUAAGGAUGGCCAGCAGCGGGAGGAGGAGGAGGGGCAGCUUACAGCAGCGACGAUAGCCGACGAUCAAGAGAUUGAUUUUGUGACAUUGGGAAUGCUCAUCAUUGAUGAGAUUGAAUAUGCACCACCCAAACCGCCGGUUCGAAACGUCCUGGGAGGCGCCGGAACCUAUGCCGCACUUGGGGCGCGGCUCUUGUCGCCGGCACCGACGCAGUCCAAGCGGGUGGGGUGGAUCGUCGACCGCGGGUCCGACUUCCCGCCGCAGGUGAGCUCGCAGAUCGCCAGCUGGCAGACGUCGGCGUUUGUGCGCGACGACCCAUCCCGCCUCACGACGCGCGGCUGGAACGGGUACGACGACCCGUCCGACCCGGACCGGCGCGCCUUCCGCUACGUCACGCCCAAGAAGCGCCUCACGCCCGACGACCUGGCCGCCACCCACCCGGCCCUCCUCGCCGCCGCCGCCGUGCACAUAUGCUCCGGCCCGGCGCGGUGCCGCGAGGUCGUCGAGUCGCUGCGGACGCUCCGCCGCGCCGCCAUGGGCGACGCCUACCGCCGCGCCCUCGUCGUCUGGGAGCCCGUCCCGGACCUCUGCACCGUCGACGAGCUGAUCGAGCUCACAAAGACCCUGCCGCUCGUCGACGUCUGCAGCCCCAACCACGCCGAGCUCGCCUCCCUCAUGGGCGACUCCGGUCCCGGCGCCGGCCUCACCCCAGACGGCGAGGUCGACACCGCCGCCGUCGAGCGCUCCUGCGUCCAGCUGAUGGAGAGCAUGCCCCUGGCCCGCGUCGCCAUGGUGGUCCGGGCCGGGCCGAGCGGGUGUUAUAUCACGCGCGGCGGGGCCGUGGCGCGGCGGAGGCGGGGUGGGGGAAAGAAGAAGGGGAGUGGUGGAGACGGUGAUGGGGACGGGGGCGGAAAGGUCGUCAAAGUUCACGGCCGGGAGUUGCAGGCCGGCGUCGACUUCGAGGCCCUGUUCUCCAGCAUGAUGCGGGACGAGGACGGUCGGAUAGCGCGCGACGAGACGGAAGACGACGACCAAGGUUCUGAGCCCGAGCUCGACCCCGGCGUGGACCGCUGGCUGCCCGCCUUCUUCCAGCCCCAGGAUGCCGCCCAGGGUAGGAUCGUCGACCCUACGGGAGGUGGGAAUACAUUCCUGGGCGCGCUCACGGUCGCGCUUGCUCGCGGCAAGGCCGUCGAGGAUGCUGCGGUAUAUGCGAGCGUGGCUGCCAGUUUUGCCAUUGAGCAGAUUGGCAUGCCUACCUUGGGGGUCGACAGCGAGGGGUUCGAGACCUGGAAUGGCGUCCGCGUGUCGACGAGGCUUGCCGAGUACUCAAAGAGACUUGGCCUAGAUCCCAAAGACUAUGUUUUAUGA